CCUGUUUGUUUUCAGCUUCUGUGGGAAGAGAAAACAGAGCAAGGGUGAGUUAAGAGGCACUUGGCUGCUCGUUCUUGAACAGAUUAGCAAAGCUGUGGCUCAGGACUGGGGAUUCUGGUGACCUUAGUGGAUGCCUUCAAUAGUGGGGCAGUUCCUUGCCUGGAGAACACAGUGACACACCGGUGUCCUAGUGUGAGGACUCAGUAGCUCUGCAGAGUGAGGUUCCCAGAGAAAUGGUCCUGUCACUACCAGACGGGAAUGAUGGAGCAGCCCCCGCGCGGCAGCCAGCCCCAAAUGGUGAAGAGUUAUGGAAGAUGUACACGGACUUACUGCAGGUGAAGAAUAAACUAGAGAAAAGCUGCAUGGAGAAAGAGGAGCUUCUGCAUUUAGCUCAACAAGCCUUAGCAGAAGAACAAGCCAAAAGAGAGACAGCUGAGAAGGAAAAGCAGCUUUUUGAGGAAAAGUAUACACAGCUGCAGCGAAGGGUAGAGGCUCUAGAAACAGUUUUCCAGGAAUCCAUGGCCCAAAUGAGAAAGGAGAGAGAGAGAGAACACCUGAGAAAGCAGAAUGAGAAGUUUCAGAGGCUGGAGGCCCAAAUAAAAACUAUGAGUGGUAACAAGCUGAAAAUUGACUACACUUCAAAGACAACGGAAAACAGUUACAGAGAAGAUACUUCGGAGCCUUCAUGCUUGUGUCUAAUUUGUGAGCUGCUAAGACAGUUGAUUUCACUAGUAGCCAAGCUUUUCUCUUGUAUAUAAUUUCAGAUACGUGUGCACCGUAUUCAGACUUCUUCAAACAACCUCUAUGAUCCUCACCUUUAUGUUGCAGACUAUUUUCUCCAUGAAGUCUCUUGGAUUUCCUGAAUCCUCUAAACUGGGUGGGUGGGGCCUCCUUUGUGAUCUCAUUGUACCUAUGGCAUGAUUUCGAAAAUUUAAAUUACCCAUUUACUCUGUUUCGCUGAUGAUACCUCACUACCAAGGACAGGUUUAUCUGUAUCAUUGUAAUCUUAGCUCCUAUUUCCAUGUCCAACACUUGAUCAGUAACUGCAAAGUGAUGGUUGAACAAUGUUCCCACUCAGCACAGAGCCUGAUGUGGGGUUCAAACUCAUGACCUGAGUUGAGAUCGAGAGUUAGAUGUUUAUAUGACUGAGCCACUUAGGUACCCAGUUCCCUGUUUUCUAUAUAUAUCCUCAACAAUUAUGACAGAUGCUUUAAAGGACUCUUAAAACAAAAGGUAUGGUUUUUGACAUGGAGAACAAAGACAAAAGGAGAUGGAGAUAAAAUUAAAUUUCCUCAUAAUCUGCAGCCCAUUGACAAAUACUUGAGACAGGGAGCGUAUAACAUUCCUCCAGAACUCCCAACUCUAUUAAUAUUAAUGUUUUGCUAGUGGCAGAAACAGCCUUAGCUUGACAAUAGUCAGACCUCCACAAUCCUGUAGGUCUUCUUUCAUAGAUGAAAAUCCUCUUGGAAACUUUGUCUCCACGCCUCCCAACUUAAAAGUUUAUAACCAAUCACUCCUCACAACCCCAGUACAACUCUUUCUGUCCACGGGUCCUGUCCCCGUGCUUUAAUAAAGACACCGUUUUGCACCGAAAA